UAUUUCCGGUCGGUCGUAACCUACAUGUUGCAGCAAUUGAAGGAAGUCAGACAUGUACGGACGCUUUCUGCUGGUUCUGCUAUUGGCCUUGGACCCUGUGCUAUCGGAGGUCACUUGGCAACCGUUCUCAGGCCAACUGCCCGGCCAUGUCCAAAUCCAAGCUGUGGAAAUACGGGACGUUCCGAACAACGUCGGACGACAGGUUACCGUCACCUACAGCGCCAUAGGCACUGCGCAGAUUGUCUGGCACGUUAACGGAAAGGCUGUCAUGAAUUACGACACCGACUUCCUCACAGUGUCCCGCCAAAACCUCGCGACUCUACACGUGAUGCGUGUUGACACAAGCAUGUCGGUGAUGGCCUCCAUUAUCCUGCCGGUAUAUCAAGAAAGCGUGUAUAUCCGUGCGGGUGAGGCAGCUCCAGGCCGGUACACCAUCUCCAACCACACCCUUCUCGUCACCCCGAAAGAGGCUGUCACGUAUGCACCGGAGGACGUCGGGAACUUCCAUGUCGAUGCAGCUCUGUGGGUGGGCGACGAGUCAUUGGCAAGGAAUCUUCGCCUCCACAGCAUGGUCCUCGUGCCUGACUACACCAGCCGCCCCGUCCGACCCCUCGUUGGUGUUUCAUCGUCUCUGCCAACGAUGAUAGAGACGACGCGACCGCAAGACGGCGAUAAUUUUCUUGGUCGGACUGACUGGGCAGACGCCCUUUCGCCUGGCCAGAGGGUAGCAAACAGGGUCAACAUUGUGUCCGUGCAACAAUCUAAAGGGGCUCGGGGAAUGCUCGCUAUCAGCUCUACGUUCUCUCCCACAAACAGUCCCAUCAAGUCAGUAUACACCGUUCAGCGAACAUUCUUCAAACCAGCCGUCGCUAACAUGGAAUUUAUUCAAAGAAAUACGGUAACCUUCUUCGGAUGGCAGAAGGACGUCGUGGUGGACCAGCACGAGGAUGCCGAUCUCCACGUGUAUGCCAUAGGCAACCCAACACCCCGUAUCAUGCUUGCUAAGAAUGGCGCUGACGUCGGCAUGGGGGUAGAUCGCUUGGACAUUGAAGAGGCGUAUUAUAAACACACAAUCUUCCGCUUCCGGAACGCAACCGUUGCUACUUCCGGUCGCUAUAUAUGCACGGCUGAGAGCGGAAGUGGACGGCUCAAGCAGGCGUUUACGUUGUACGUACGUUCCUGUUAGCUCACUCGGUGUUGUGUACGUCAUCACGGUUAUUCCCCAGGCAUCUGCUCCCACAUACCGAACACUUGUAUAUCAAACUGAGGUUGAAUAUGUUUUAUUCACAGUAAAAUUUGAAUU